AUGGGGGACACAAAGCUCUGCCUCGUACUUCUCCUCAGUGCUGUCGCAUUGGCCCUGGCCAAGAGGUACAAGCCUUUGCACAAGUAUGAAUUCCUGUAUGAAGCCGAGUCCCUCAACUUCCUCAAUGGAGCCGUCAACGGCCCCAAGGGAAGCUGCAAGGUUGAGAUUGAUGUUCCCGGCCCCUGCCAAUACAUCGUCCGCACCACUGAGUGCACGCUCAGCGAGGUUGCUGACUUCGAUGCAGCUGGCGAGCCCGUCUUUGCCCCCGCAGCCACUACUGAUGCCUUCAAGGCUGCCAUGGAGAAGAACCCUCUGAAGGUCACUGUUGAAGGGGACAACAUCAUCAAGCUGUUCCCUGAAGACGAUGAGCCUGUCAACAUCCUCAACAUCAAGAGGGGAAUGAUCUCUGGCUUUGCUGUGCCUGUUCUGGAGGAGGAGAGGAACAAGAGGAUGCCCACCAUCUAUGGAUUGUGCAAGACUGACUACACCGUGAACGCUAGAGAGGACAUCGCCACAGACGUCACCCUCACCCGUGACCUGUCCAGGUGUGACCACUUCCAUCCAGUCAGUGACUACACCAGCCCCCUGGCCCUCAUCACUGGCAUGCACUACCCUCUUGCCCAGCUGAUCAAGAGCACACAGACCUGCAACUACAAGUUUGACAACGCAGAGCACCACCCAGUGUUCGGUGAAUGCCUUGAGAACCACAUCCUGGUGCCUUUCUCCCACAAGGGGAAACAUGGAGUUACCAACGUGAGCAAGCAGAAGGCCACCCUCUUGGCAGUCUCUGAGUACAGCGACAGUGUCUUUGAACCUGUUCUGGCCAAUGAGCAGACCCUGACCCCACACGCCAGUGUGGACAAGAGCCCAAUUCAGGACAAAGAUGCCGCUCUCGCUCUCCUGAGGGAACUGGCUGGCCUUUCCAAGACCGACGACGGACAAAAGAGAGCCCAUCUGGCCCACAGGAUCGUGAGCAUGGUCCGCAAGAUGUCCGCUGAGACCCUGGCCGCUGGCGUGCCCGAGGCCCUGGAAAUCUCUCGCUCCCUGACCUACCAGGCUCUGUUCCAGUGCGGCACCCCCGAGUGCAGCAGUGCCAUCAUGCAGAUCCUCAGGACCUUCGACAGCUCUUCUAUGGAGAUUGACGCCACAGUCUACGCCAUGGGUCUGAUGCCCAACCCCACUCGCCAGCUCGUCCAUGACAUGCUGGAAAUGGCCAAGUUCAAGCAGAGCAAACCCAUCUUCUAUGGUGCCAGCAAUGCUGUCAAGAAACUGUACCAGGCUGAGGGCAAGGUCACUCCUGAGAUUGAGGCUGUUGCCAACUUUGCCUUGGAGCAGAUUGGAGACUGCACUGGUGACCAGGAGCACAUUUUCAUGUCCCUGAAGGUUAUUGGUAACAUGGCCGCUGCUAUGGGAGCUGCCAGCCCUGCCCUCAAAUCUGCUGUUGUCCAGUGUGUCAACCAGCCCGCUGCUUCCCCAGAGGUUCAGCUUGCUGCCAUCCAGGCCUACAGACAGACCGCUCUGCCUGAGGAGGGCAGAGAGGUGCUCAUGCAGGUCCUUUUGGACGGUGCUGCCCCACUGCAGAAGCGUGUUGCCGCCUACCUGGUGCUGAUGAAGGACCCUCAGCCCUCUGAACUCUCUCAGCUGGCUGCUGCCCUGCCAAUUGAGGAGAACCAACAGGCCAAGAGCUUUGUCAUCUCUCAUGUCACCAACAUCCUGAGCUCCACUGCACCUGAGACCCAGGAGCUGAGGCAGAAGAUUCUUGAUGCUCUUCAGGGCAAUGAGGUUGGAACUGUCAUGGACCCAACCAAAUUCUCCCGCAACUACAAGGUCGGAUCCCUGGAGGGAAACAUGAUCUUCGAUGGAGCUAGCUACUUGCCCAAGGAAGUUGUGCUGGAUAUGGCCCUGAAUGCCUUUGGCUAUGAUGUGGACAUGAUUGAGGUUGGCAUGGAAGGCAAGGGACUUGAGCCAACUGUUGAGGCCCUGUUUGGUGCCAAUGGAUUCUUCCCUGACACUGUGAUGAAGACCAUCUACUAUGCUGCUGAUAGGAUGCCUGGCCAUUUCAGCCAGACUCUGAAGAACAUCCUUCCUUCCCUGAGGAACGAUAGGAAGAAGAGACAGUCUUCCCAGAAUCUCCUGAGAGAGCUUAGCCGCAAUGUCAACAAACUGUUCAGAGACCUGAAGGCUCAGGAUGCCCCUGAGGCCAUGGUCUACCUGAGACUGCUGGGAAUGGAACUUGGCUACCUCAAGACCAAGGACAUGGAAGAGAUGGCCUACUCCGCUGCAAUGAUGAUUGACAACCUCCUGAAGAUGUUCCCCACUGAUUUCAUCAAGGGACUGCUGACCAGUGCUGACAAUGAGCUGUUUGCCCACUACAUCUUCAUGGACAAUGAGUUCUACCUGCCAACCGGCCCUGGUGUUCCUCUGAGGGUUGCCCUGUCUGGUACCUUCACCCCUGGAAUCAAGGGAGGAGUGCACCUUUCUUCUGACAUGAGUGAGGUAGCCUUCAUGCCAUCCGCUGGCAUUGAGUUUGUGACUGAGGUUGGAGCCCACUUCCCUGACUUUGUUCAGUCUGGUCUGGAGAUGCACACCAACAUCUACCACGAAAGUGGCCUGAAAGCUAAGGUCUCUGUGUCCAACAACAACAUCAAGCUGACCAUCCCUGCCCCUCAGGGCCCAGCCAAGCUCGUCAGCCUCACCAAUUCCCUGGUGUCUGUGCAUGGUGCUGAGAUCAAGACCAUCCCAACCACAGGAGAGAGAGUUGAUGUGACAGAGUGCACACCAGUCUUCGCUGGCGUGAAAUACUGCACAGCUCUGCAAUACUCUGAUGCCAUGAACACCGAUGAGUCUCCCUAUUUCCCCUUCACUGGAGCCAGCAAGCUUGCCAUUGAGCUGCAUCCUACUGGUGAAGUCUCAGAAUAUGUUGCCAACAUUGACCAUUCCUAUGAGGACAAGACUGACAAAGUGACUUUGACUCUGAAGGCUGAAGGAGCAGCAGCUGAGGCCACAGCAACUGUGAAGUUCAACAGGCAGCAGUACACCGUUGAGGCUGAUCUGCAGAUCCCUGAUUAUGACUUGGAGGUUGGACUCAGGCUUGGCUCUGUUGACCCCAACACCAAGGGCAAGGCCACACACUCUGUCCAAAUUGACCUCGUCAACAAGAACAUUCCUCAGGCCUCUCUGGUUGCCCUGGCCAAAAUUGAGGGAAUGAAGGACGCCACUUUGGACCUUCAGCUCCUUGUGCCUGUACUGAAGGCUGAUGCCAAGGUCUCUGCACACCUCCACCGUGCUGAGGGCCUGACCCUGGAACUGGAAACUGAUGUUAAGCUGCCAGAGACUUCCUCUGCCCAGAAGAUUGUUCUGAAAUACGAUGCUGACAAACUGGAAGCUGAGAUUAAGUCUGAUGUGAGCUCUGAGAUCCAGAACAUCAUCCCCCACAUUGAUGAAGUCAAGGCCUCUGUGAAUGGUCUUCUUGCAGCCCAGAUUGGUCAGUCUGGCAUGACCUUCGGCGAUGUCCUCGCUAAAUCUGUUGAGACUACCAAUGCCUAUCUGGAGAAGCUGGAGGCUGAGCUUCCUUAUGUGCAGAACGUGAGGCUUCCCUCUCUUCCUGAGCUUUCUCUGCCCGAGAGGCUGUACCUGAAUGCUGAGGCUGAUGCCAAAUACCACUUUGGCAAGCACUACUACACCAUUGCCAUUCCUCUGCCUCUUGGAGGAAAAUCCUCUGGAGACCUGAACUUCCCUGCUGCUCUCACCACUCCUCACCUGACUGUGCCACAGCUGGGUCUGGAGGUUGCCUCCAUUGACAUUCCUCUCCCCGAGGUCUUCGUUCCAGAGCACGUGUCAGUGUCUGUACCUGUCCUCGGAAAGGCUGAAGUGUCCGCCAAGGUUCACAGCAACUUGUACAACCUGGAGGCCGAUGUUUCUGCUGGUAGAGAUCCAGUUGACCACCCCAGCUAUUCUGCUAAUGUGGCGGUUACUGGUAGCUGCCCUGUAGAUAUCUUCUGCUUCAAGGCUGAAGCAUCUGCGCUGCUUGCUGGCACACCUGAUGAUUCCCUCAAGGCUGAAGUGAAGACACAUGUGCACCACAAGCUCAUUGAUGCCAGCGUUAGUGUUGUGGAGGUAGCAACUAUUGCUGACAAGUUCAACCUGAAAUCCAACAGCAAGAUUGAAGCAACCAGCCCUCUUGGUGUCCAGGUGUCUCUGGAGUAUCACGGUGAUGCUGGUCUGAACACAGAAGAGAUCUCUGGAAAUGGAAACCUGGCAGCAUCUCUCAGGGCUGGCCCUGUUUAUGGUGAUGCCUCCAUCUCCCAGACGAUCGAAUUCUUCCCAUUCAAGCCAGAGGCCAAGAUUGAUUCCUCACUGAAGAUCGAUUCCACCCUUGCCAAGGCCCAGAACACAUUUGUUGCUGUCUUUGCCAAUGGUGAGCUGUCUGCCACAUCCAACACAGCUGCAUUUGAUGACACCCUGCUGCACCAUGCUGAAGUGACCAUCAAGGAUUCCACACUGGCUGUGAAGUCUGAUACCAAGGCAGAUGCCCUCGGCCUGAAGAUUCAGAAUGUGGCUGAAGCCUCUGCAGGUGCUGGAGUUGUUAACAUCAAGAUGGAAACAAGUGCUGACCACGCAGAAGACCGCAUCCAUUCCCUUGUGACUGCCGUCCUGGAUGUCAACGGACUGGCUGUGAACAGUGAUGCUGAUGUUAAGCUUGCCGACAACACUGCCACUCACAAAGCAUCUUUGACACUGAACAAGGAUGGCCUGAACACCAAUGGAGCCACAUCUCUGCAGAGCCCUCUGAAGCUGGAGAACACCUUCAGCGGUACCGUGGAUGCAUCCAAGGUUGACCUCAACAUUGACAUCAAGGGUGAAUUUGCUGACAUGAAGGUUGCAAAUGCCAUGUCUCUGACUGGAACCCCUGCUUCUAUUGCUUUCAAAACCAAUGCGGAAGCAUUUGUCAUUGAGGGAACCUCUUACACCCAUUCCAUUGUCCUGGAUGUGCACGACUACACUGCAUCUUUGAACAUCAACAAUGACCUGAAGGUCCUGCAUGCCAACCUGGAGAAUCAUGCUGAGCUUAAGGCAGAGGCCUACAAGGCUGACCUGACCGGAAGCCUGAAGGCAGCCUAUGGUGAACAGGAGCUCAAGCACACUUAUGAAGUCAAGUAUGCUGACCUGACUGCCAAUGCCAAGUGCAGCACAACUGGUAUGCUUCUGGGCUCUCACCUCAGCCAGAACACCGAGGUAUUUGUUCCUGGACUUGCUAUUAAAAUCACCAAUGAUGCCCGCUUGAACUCUCCAGUUCUCCGUUUUGAUACCACCACCCGUGCCACAGCUGUCCCCUUCAGCUUCAACCUUGAUGCUAUUGCCAAUGCUGACGCUGACCUGACCAUGCAUGGAAAGCACACUGCUCAAGUUUACACCAAGUUCCUCAUGAAGGCAGAGCCACUGGCAUUCGCACACUCUCAUGAAUGCAGAGUCUCUACCUCUCAAAACCUUGACAAUGGUGUUUCCAUUGAGACUGUGCUUGACAACAAGAUUGAAACCCUCCUGACUCCCUCCGACCAGAAGGCUCAUGUGACACUGAAGACCAAAUUCAACAACCAUGCUGUCAAUGAGGAGGUCAGUGUUUACAACAACCCAGAGAGGCUUGGACUGGAAGUGUCAGGAGCCAUCCUGACCAGUCUGCUCAACACAGCUGACAGUGAGAACCAAGAGUUUGCUGUUUCUGGAUUCCUGAAGUACGACAAGAGCACUUCUAGCCACGUCAUCCACCUGCCUUUUGUUGAGAGUGUACCAGCUCUCCUUGAAGAUCUGAAAAUUACCAUUGUGAGCAUUGCAGAGGCCCUGCAGACUAUCAUCACCAGAGAGGACCUUGUUAACAAGUUGGAGAGUAUUCCCCAGCACAUCAGCGACUUUGUGAAGGAACUGAAUGUGGAGGGAAGAGCAAUCCAGCUCAAACAGGACCUGCUGUCCCUUUCCAGAGAGUAUGCCAUCACCCUUGAAGACCUGGAGGCUACUUUGAUGAACCUGAGGGCUGCACUUGAGAAGCUUCUGACUGAUCUGGCUGCCCGUAUCAACGAUACCGUGAGAGUGACCAAAGAGCUGAUUACCAGUGGAGCACUGUCUGAAGCUGUUGUCAAGAGGCUGACUGAGCAGCUCAAUGCACUGAAUGAGGAAUAUGACUUCAAUGCCAUGCUUGUUGCAGUUAUUGAGCUUGUUGAAGAUCUGAUUAAGCAGAUUGAUUUGAUGAAACUGAAGGACAGCAGCAUUGCUCUCUUGCACGACCUGGAUUCCCAAUAUGCCAUCAAAGCCAAACUUGAGGAAAGAGUGAGUGAACUGAAACAAAUGAUUUCCAGCUUCAGCUUGGCUCAGUUUGCUGAGGAUCUGAAAAGCCUGGUUCUCUCCAUUGACAUUGAAGGUCUGACCAAUCAGCUUGUGGCUCAAAUUCCAACAGAACAAAUUAACAAGAUUGUAGACACAGUGAAAUCUCUGGUGACAGAAUUGGACAUCAUUGGUAAGCUGAAUGCAGUCUAUGCUAAUGUGAAAACUGCACUUGUUAAAUAUGAACUUGACAAGAGAAUUGAAGCCAUCCUGGAGAAGGUUGUUGAGCUCAUCCAGAAAUUCAAAAUCGAUGAGACCAUACAGGUUGUUGCUGACACUUUGAAGGCCAUCCACAUCCCUGUUGCACUGGAAGAUGCUAUCAACUACCUGAAGGCCACAGAGAUCAAGCAGGCUAUUGAGCACUUGAAUGAAUACCUUGAUGCUUUUGUGCAAAGUGUUAAGUCAUUUGACUACAAUGCCUUUGUAGAUCAUGCAAAUGAGAAAAUUGCUGCUUACACUGGCGAGCUGAACACACUCAUUGCUUCUCUUGAGAUUCCACAGAAGGUUGAGGCAGCCAGGGAAUUUGUCAACUAUGCUCUGUCCACAUUGAGUGGCCUCCUGGAAGAACUCAGAGGCAUCAAGGCAGCUGAUGUAGUCAAAUCUGUAAAGGACAUCAUUGAUACCGUGGCUCUGAAUGACAUCAGGGCACUGGUGGCCAAACUCCCAGAGGUUGACCUCAGAGCUGAAAUUGAGCAUUACCUGCAAGUAGUGAGCAGUGUGUACACCAAGGUCAUGGACAUUGUCAUUGAAACCUUCGGUGGAGUUGUUGAUGCAAUCCAGACAUUGGCUGCUGAUCAGGCCAUUAUUGGCCAACUUAAGCAGGUCGUUGAAGGAGUCGCAACUGGACUGAAGGCCAGCCUGGCUCACCUUCAAGACAUUCUCCCAACACAGAUUGAUCUGCCCGAGUUCACCAUUCUGGGCUUCCAUACUGUGCCAGCCAUGACCAUCACUUAUGAUGAUAUCAAGCAGAAGGUUAUACAGCUCAUUGACUUCAUUGUCAACUAUGAAAUCACCUUCGUGGAUGUGGAUGCUUUCUUUGGAGAGCUCUCCAUGAACUACCUGCCUGAUCUGUCUGCUAUUUCACUGCCAGAGAUCAGCCUUCCACAGAUCUCUUUCCCUGCCUUCCCCAAGGUCAAUCCCGAGGAUCUGAUUGACAUUUCUUUGACCAUCCCUGAGAUUAAGCUCCCUCACAUUCCCACUGAGCUGAUGGUGCCAGCUUUUGGAAAGCUCUAUGGUGAAAUCAAAGUGAACACUCCCAUCUACAGCCUCCAAUCUGCUGCUGAUUUCCAAACUGCUGAAGAAAGCCAGUACACAGCCUCUCUGACUGCCCACGGAUCUUCCUCCGUUAUUGGCGGACUGGAUUGCAACCUGGAUUCCAGUGCUAGAGUGAGCUUCCCAGAUAUGAACCAGAUCGUUGUCGCAGAAACCCUGAAGUUCACUUCUUCAAUCCUUGCUGUUGACCAUGAGGCAACAGUGAGCCUCCCACCCCAGGGCACUGCAAAGACCACGGUGAAGAUAACCACAUCUCCCAUCACAGCUGAGUUGGUCAACAAUGCAGUUAUUGAUGGUUUGUCUUUGGCUCUCGACACAACCUACCACCACCAGAUCAACAUUGCCCUGGUCUCAUACACCAGUGAAAGCCAUCUGUCUCAAAAGGCAGCUGCUCGUCUGGAAGGUCAGACCAUCACCCUGACCAUUGGACAUGAGGGAACUACCAAGUUUGGCCUGCCUGACUACUCUGAUGAGGGAACACUCAAGAGUGACCUGCACUAUACCAUGGACCUCAGCACUGCCAAGUUGACAUACACUGGUGACAUCAAUAGUGCCACUCUCAAGAUGAAGCAGGUGUUGAAUGCUGAUGCUGUUGUCCUCAGCUACCUGAACUUUGAUGCCCGUGUUGAAGCCGAGUCUCCAAUCAUCAAGAACAGCCUGCUCACCGCCUCUGGAAAGGCUAACCUGGGUGACUUGAAGGUUGAAAUCAAGGCCAAUCAUGACACAGAACUUGCUGGUGCUCUCAGUGGAACCCUGUCCAACUCCAUCCAUGCUUUGGUUAUGCCCCUUCAGGUUGUGCUUGACUUCCAGAACAAGGGUAAUGCCAAGGCCAGCCUGGCCGAGACACUAUCAGCUAAACUUGAUCUCCAGAAUGACUACUCUGUCACCCUGAAUUAUGAUCAUCAGCACAUUAACACCCUGGCCCUUGUCAAGCUUAACCAGUACAAGAUUGGUUACAACGUAACUGUUGAAAACAACCAGGCAGAAACUGGAGUCUAUGCUUCUGUUGAUGCUGAAGCUAACCUUGACUUCUUGACUGUGCCUAUUAGCAUUCCUGAGCUUGCUGUCCCAAUCAUUGAAUUCAAGACUCCAGCCAUCAAUGAGAUCAAUCUGUAUGAGCACACUGGUCUGAAGCACCUGCUGACUUCCACCGAGCAGACAGUUGAUGUGGAUGCCAAGAUUGUGUACAAGAAGCCAAGAAGCCUGGUCUCUGAAGCCUCUAUCAAGUCCUCCAUCGUCAACCUGAAUGUCAAUGCUGAGGUGUCUGCUGAGGAUGACGUUGUUAUCCGCAUCGGUGCCAUCUCUGCAUCUGUCUUUGAGGGUCUGAAGGCCAAGAUUGACGGUACCAGCAGCCUUACCACCAAGAGAGGUGUGAAACUGGCCACAACCCUUUCCCUGGAGAAUGCUCACGUUCAGGCUACCCAUGACAGUACUCUGAACCUGAACACUGAAGAGCUGGAAGCUUCCCUUUCUGCUACAACUGAUGCAAAGGUGAAUCUGCCCAUCCUCACUGCUGAGGCCAACCACCUCCUGACAGCUGACACAAAGGAACAUCCCCAAGCAGCCUCUACUCUCAAGAUCAAGUAUACCUUGGACAUCCCAGUCAUCAAGGCUGUUGGUUCUGGAGAUGCUGAGAACAGCCUGAAACUUGAGGCUGGUCUCUACUUCCUGUCUGUGGAAUCAUCCACAAAGGGGCACAUUGAUGGAACCAUCCUGGAUACUGGUCUUGUAAAGGGAGCCCUGGACAACACCGCUAAUGCCUACCUGAACGAGAAUGGUCUUCGCUCAACUCUGAAGAGCAAUGGCAAUGCACACAUCAGCCAUGGAGACCUGAAGGUUGAGCUUGAUUUGGAUGAAGACAUUGCUCUUGAAGCAGGCCUGAGCCGCGUGUAUUCCACUGUGAAAAUUGACUCCAACAACGAAAUCAAUGUGGCUGCCCUGAACACCAAGGGAAAGCACUCUGCCAAGGCCACCAUUGACCUCUCUCCCCUGAGCUCUCUGGCUGCUGAUGUGGAAGUUGAUCUUGCUCAGCCAAGCACCCUGGGUGAACUCAGCAUCUAUGACAAGACUGUUCUUGAACUGACCGCUGGAAAACAGAAGGCUGCCAUCAAUGCCAAGAUUGUCACCCCUGUGUACACCACCACUGCUGCGGCUGAAGUAGAGGCUGAAAUCCCUAAUGCCAAGGGAGCCUUCAAAAUCUCUGCAACAUCCCCAGUUGAGUUCCUGGUCUACGACCUCGAUAGCUCCAUUGCAUCUGCUGUGGAGAGCUCUGCUCUGAGUCUGACUGGCAAAGCUGUCCUCACACAUGCUGACCUGACUGUUGACAUUCAGAAUACUCUUACCGCAGCCAUGUCUGAUGAUGGUGCCUUCCGCCACUCCAUCAAUGCGGACAUCAUCAGCCCCACCUUCACUGAUGUGAACUUCCGCUAUUCAGUCCGCAAGGAUGGUGCCAGUGCUUCCAUUUCUACUCCAUCCACUGGCUUCCUCGGACUUCAGCUCCAAGGCAGGGUCCCAUCCCAGCUGUAUGCUAGACUGUACAGUCGCUAUGCUUCUGCCCCUGAGAGUGAUGUGGAGAUUCUGACCAUCAGAGCUGCUGCCAAGGAUGGAGACAAGCUGCACCUGCAGGCUGCCUACAACCUGGAAGCCCCCAAGGACAUCAUUUCUGGUCUGGAGGAAAGAGUUCCUGCCAUCACCUCAACCCUGAUCAGCUUCUUGGAGAAGUACGGCAUCGUCAGCACUCUUGAGAGCGUGAAGAACACACUGGUGACCGUAGUCACUGAGGCCUACAACACUGCCAAGAGCCACGCCCCCGAGAUGAGCCAGCUGUCUGUCCUCUUCAGGGAUGUCGUUGUUCAGUACCAGAAGACCGUUCAGAUCCUGCUUGAUGCCGCCAUCAAGUUCCUGAGGGAGACCCAGAUCGAGCUUCCAGGAAUGGAGAAGGCAACUCUCCCUGAGAUUGUGCAUAAGAUCACAAUCAACGUUGGCACAGUACUUGAGCAGCUUCUGCAGGUGAUCACUGAUAACCUGUAUGCCUACCUCACACCAGUUGUUGACACCAUCAGCGCAAUCCAGGUGACCAUGCCCUCUGGUGAGGUCCUGACUGGAAGCCAGAUUCUGGACCAGGUGAAGGCCGUCUUGACAAAGGUUGUGGAGAUGGUGAAGAAUCUGGAGAGCCUUGACCAUAUCCUGGAGAAGGUGGGACAGACCCUCCAAGAAGUUGUUGAGAAGGCCCAGGGCUUUGUUGACAGCUUGCACUCUGACAUCCUGGACAUCGUCUCUGUGAACUUCAACAUCCUCUACCACAACUAUCUUGCUGUGCUGAAGACCGUGACAGAGCAUGUCGACUCCCUGCUGAAUGUGCAGGAGGUUAACAACACCAUCAAGCACGCUCUGGAGUUCGUCAGGUCUGUGGUGGAUCAGAUCCUCACCCGUGUCGCUGCCAUCCUGCCCCACGGUGUGGAAAAUGUUUACCUGAGAGUAAGCGAUGGAAAGCUGGAGGUUGAGCUUCCAUUUGCUCUCCACCAGUAAGAUGCUGUGCAAGCAGAAACCAAAGCUACAAUAAUUCUCCGUAGGAGAAAAUAUGGACACUUUAACAUUCUAGAGGGAUGAUAACCUCCUUGUAUUUAUGACAGCUAAACAACAUCUUUCAUAUUGUUUUAAGUUACCAUCAUUUCCCUUGGUGACCACUGUUAUUUUGUA